AUCCUGGAGCCCAAGGAUAUGUAAAGAGCCACGUGACCACUAACCUAUAUACUCUGAAAGGAGAACGGAAAGACGAGCUCCCUCUCUUUCUCUCCGCGCGAACACAGAGCGCCUGUUCACAUGUGAAGGGGCGUGGCCUCAGAGGGGGCGUGGCCUCACCGCACCUGCACGGGUCGCGUUACCUGUCGCUCGGGAACUCGAUGGAGAUUUCUCACGAGACAGGAUGUUGAACUCAGACCGAGUGGUCGGGGGUGAUGUGAGGUAGACCCAGCUGCUAUCUACCGGAAAGACCGGGCUUUACGGCCGGUGACCGGCGAACUGCCGGGGAACGCGACGACCUCCGGGUAGAGAGAUGUCUGACCAGGAAGAAGGCGGAUCACAAGAGCUUGGGGAUGGCUCUGAUUGGUUAGUUUCCCUCACUGAGGAGGAGGAGGAGGAUGCCAUCAGCGAAGAUGGAGGCCUGGCUCUGCAGCUGGACCGACGCUGGGUCACCUGGCAUCACUUCAUGAAGGAACAUGCCCACCUGGACGCCUGGCUUCGAUUGGCCGAGCAGGCGGCCGGAACCUGCAGCUCCGCCCAUGUGACCUACGACACGGCCAAGGAUAGGCUGAGGACGGUGGAGAGGCUGCAGUAUGAAGCUGGUCUCAGACUGGUUGACCUGGACGUCCUGACCAAUCAGAGCCGGGGUCUGGGCCGUGAGUUCCGCGGCGCCGUGCGGUCCCGCCUCCUGGGGAUGACCCGGGACGCGGCCCGCCGCUGGGACGCCCUGGCCGCCGCCCUGCAGGGCCACGCCCGCGGGCUGCAGAGUGUUGUGUCCGAGAGGGAGGAGUUUGAGGCGGAGGGGGCGGAGCUAGGCCUGUGGUUGGCUGACCUGGACGCCCGUCUGUCUGAGCUGGACCACCAGACGGGAAACAGCCGCAGCAAGAUGAAGGAACUGCAGUCAUUCCAGGCGUGUGUGUGCGUGAGCUCCCAGCGUGUCGGCGUGCUGCUCGACCGCGGGGAGACCAUGAUGCAACGCUGCGCGCCCGGCGACGCCCAGGAAGUAGAAUCCUCUCUGCUCCGCCUCCUGCAGCGCCUCACCUCCACCUUCAGCCGCAUCACCUCCACCCACCGACGGCUGCUCAGCAUGAGACUGGUGUUUGAGGACGACUGCCUCCUGUCUCCUGCUCCGGACUCCGGCUGUCCUUCUGAGUCUCUGCUGGAGGAGGAGGGAGCGCUUGAUACACCCCGCCUGGACCUCGCUACCUCCUCCCUCCACCCCCUCCCAACCUCCACCCUCCCCGCCUCCCCCCUCCACCCCCUCCCUACCUCCACCCUCCUGUCUCCUGAGCUCGAGCUCGAACACAACGUCACUUCCUGCAGGGAGCCUACCCAUGAGCACCUGGGGCUGGAGUGGGACCCCUCGGUGGACGUCGGCCCCUCCGUAACCCACGGCAACGAAGACUCCUCCUACUUCAGCUUCAACACAGGAGUGUGUCCUAGGUCCUUGUCUCCCUCCAGGGGGGAGGGCCGAUGGCCCCGCCCCCGGUCUGAUGUCUUCGAUGACGUCACCAACCAGGAAGUGGACUCUAUACCCGACCGACAGGUCUGUGAGCCAAUCAGCUUCAACGGUGGCCGGGUGAGGGCGUGGCUCGGCUUCCAGAGCUCCACCCCCUCACGGAGUACUUCCUGUUCCAGAGGCGUCCAGACCGACGGCCAGUCGCUUUCUUGUCGCCAUGACAACCGCUCCCCGCGUGACGAUGCGCUCCCUUCUGGCCCCGCCCACCGGCGUGCCCUCAGAUCACCUGACCCCAGGACGCCCCAAAGGGAUUGGAUGAUGUACAGCUGUCAAUCAAGCAACAAGUCUAAAGUAGACCCAUUGUCUUCUGACACCCAGGAUAGUACUCCACACACUCCUCAGAGGCUUCUCGUGCUCCUCCACAAUAAAAGCUCCAGGCCCCGGGGCCUCUCCUCUCUCGGCGGCCCGCCCUUCCUCUACCUGCUCCUGGCCGUGGCUCUAACUCUACUGGCCUGUCUGCUCUGGGGCCUCCUGGAGACACCAUGUCACCGUGGCAACAGGUUCCCGCCAGGCAGGCUGGCACUGACGUACGUCAACGGACCCCCGCCCACGUAGAGGAGACAACCAAUCAGGCGUCCCCUCACAUCUGGGUGAAGAGCUGUCCUUCCAAUCAGACGUCCCCUCACAUCUGGGCGAAGACCUUCCCACCAAUCAGACGCCCCCCUCACAUCCUCACUGCCUGUUGGUCUAGGGGUGUCUGUGUGUCUGAACUGUCUGUGGGUCUAGGAGUGUCUGAACUGUCUGUGGGUCCAGGUGUGUCUGUGUGUCUGAACUGUCUGUGGGUCGAGGGGUGUCUGUGUGUCUGAACUGUCCGUGGGUCUAGGUGUGUCUGUGUGUCUGGGGGUCGAGGGGUGUCUGUGUGUCUGAACUGUCUGUGGGUCUAGGAGUGUCUGAACUGUCUGUGGGUCCAGGUGUGUCUGUGUGUCUGAACUGUCUGUGGGUCAAGGGGUGUCUGUGUGUCUGAACUGUCUGUGGGUCCAGGGGUGUCUGUGUGUCUGGGGGUCUAAGGCGUCCAUCUGUCCACUAGAGGUGUGAGUCUCCUCAGGCCCGCUGAACUAUCAUCUAGUCAUGUCCUCUCUGUAAUCCCCACGUAAUCCCAGGGAUUAUCAGUGCGUGAAAUACCAUAUGUUGUCUGUCUUCAUCCAACACCUCCACCAAUCAGCACAGCAGGGGGCAUCUGAGGACCUGGGAGAGGCCAGCGGCAGUAAGGCGCUGCUCUUCAUAAACCUGCCAUAUUUCACAAUCUAUGAUCCGAUAUCCUCUUCUUUUUUUUCUACGGUAGUUUCGGAAAAAACUAUUUAAUCAUAGGGUAUUUUUUGAUACUGUAUUUAAUAUUAAUAAUAUCUAUAACUGGCCUAUUAAGGCCGGAGGUUCACCUCCAAAGGUCUUCUGUUAGUUAAUCUGUGACGGGCAGCAAAUAGUGAGUGAGUUAAAGAGACACUCACCUGCUGAUCUGGGGUGUGUGUGUGUGUGUGUGUGUGUGUGUGUGUGUGUGUGUGUGUGUGUGUGUGUGUGUGUGUGUGUGUGUGUGUGUGUGUGUGUGUGUGUGUGUGUGUGUGUGUGUUCUAACGGAGUCACUGAUGUCGGUGGGUAUUGUGUACUUUUUGUAUGCUUACACAAAUGUAAUGUUUAAAGACAUACUUUUCAUUUGAAAUAAACUUUUGCAACCAUUAA